UGAAAAAAGAAGAGAGAGCAUAAAAAGAACACAAUAACAGACAUUUCCUCAAAUCUGCAUCAAGAUGGGAACCUUUUGCCUCAGGGUGUCCUUUUGGUUGGUGAUGAUUGGAUGUGUGACCAGUGAUAAUCCUGAGAGAUACAGCACAAAUCUAAGUGAUCGUGUGGAAGAUUUCACCACUUUUCGUGGGACAGAACUCAGCUUCCUGGUCACCACCCAUCAACCCACUAAUUUGGCCCUACCCAGCAAUAGCUCAAUGCACAUCUAUUGCCCACAGCAGACUAAAAUUACUUCAGCUUUCAAAUACAUUAACACUGUGAUAUCUUGUACUAUUUUCAUCGUGGGAAUGGUGGGGAAUGCAACUCUGCUCAGGAUCAUUUACCAGAACAAGUGUAUGCGGAAUGGCCCCAAUGCACUGAUAGCCAGCCUUGCCCUUGGAGACCUUAUCUACGUGGUCAUUGAUCUCCCUAUCAAUGUUUUUAAGCUGCUGGCUGGACGCUGGCCUUUUGACUACAAUGACUUUGGCGUAUUUCUUUGCAAGCUGUUCCCCUUUUUGCAGAAGUCCUCAGUGGGGAUCACCGUCCUCAAUCUCUGUGCUCUUAGCGUCGACAGGUACAGAGCUGUUGCCUCCUGGAGUCGUGUUCAAGGAAUUGGGAUUCCCUUGGUCACUGCCAUUGAAAUUGUCUCCAUCUGGAUCCUUUCCUUUAUCCUGGCCAUCCCUGAAGCAAUCGGCUUCGUCAUGGUGCCCUUUGAAUACAAGGGUGAACAACACAAAACUUGUAUGCUCAAUGCCACAUCAAAAUUCAUGGAGUUCUACCAAGACGUAAAGGACUGGUGGCUAUUCGGGUUCUAUUUCUGCAUGCCCUUGGUGUGCACUGCAAUCUUCUAUACGCUCAUGACUUGUGAGAUGUUAAACAGGAGAAACGGCAGCUUGAGAAUUGCCCUCAGUGAACAUCUUAAACAGCGUCGAGAAGUGGCAAAAACCGUUUUCUGCUUGGUUGUAAUUUUCGCUCUUUGCUGGUUCCCCCUUCAUUUAAGCCGCAUUCUGAAGAAAACCGUAUACGAUGAGAUGGACAAGAACCGAUGUGAAUUACUCAGUUUCUUGCUGCUCAUGGAUUACAUCGGUAUUAACUUGGCAACCAUGAAUUCAUGUAUAAACCCCAUAGCUCUAUAUUUUGUGAGCAAAAAAUUUAAAAAUUGCUUCCAGUCUUGCCUCUGCUGCUGCUGUUACCAGUCCAAAAGUCUGAUGACCUCGGUCCCAAUGAAUGGAACAAGUAUCCAGUGGAAGAACCAUGAACAAAACAACCACAACACAGAGAGGAGCAGCCAUAAGGACAGUAUAAACUAAGCCUCUUGGAAACAUUCAUCAGUAUUCCUUCAAAUCCUAUUGGAGAAAAAUCACAUUGCAGCUGUGUCUCCGGAAACCUCUUCUCCAGUCCUUCUUCUCCUUUAACUCAGUCUCACUCCCUGGGGGGAGAAAUGCUUCCAAAACAUCACAGGUUGGACUGGUUAUACCUAAAACUUCUGUGUAUCUUCUAAUUUACAUAUUCUGCAUAUUAUAUUGAGCACUAAAAAAUGGUGGGAGUUGGGGGGAAAGGAGGCUAUUAAAUGAAACCAGAAAGAUAUUCCCACUUUUGCAUGAACAUAGAGUUUUCACGGCCGUGACCAGCUUUCGUGACAGUUCUACCAAACAUUCAGUGAGAACUGAUCACAUGAAAUUUCAGAGAUUAUGACAAAAUUUUCUAUUUUUAAAGUGAUUUUUUUUUUGGCCAAACACAGUAUGGGUUUAAGCCACUUUUAUUGGAAAUGUCAUUCACUGCCAGUAU